AUGCCUGCCCUCAAGACUCUUCUUGCCUCCGGCUUCUUGGGAGCCGCCUCAGCUCUGAACCCCAGCUGCGCUCCUGGCGGCAACUUUGAUCUCACCAAAUGGUCACUCCAGCUUCCCAUCGGCAACCCGGGCAGCCCGACCACCAUUCCUGCUUCCCAGCUCGCGGGAUGUGGCGGAUACCAAGACCCAGGCCACCACUACUUCUUCACUGAGAGUGGUGACGGUGCCUUGGUCAUGAAAGUGCCCGGUGCCCCCUCAAACACUGGCUGUGUUACCACGCCUAACAGCCAGCACUGCCGCACUGAGUUGCGCGAGAGCAACCCCAGCAGCUGGAGCCCAAACAACAGCAACAACCAGCUGACCGUGUCGCUGGCCGUUGAACAGCCGGACAACUCCGGCCACGGAACUGUCGUCGGCCAAAUUCACAUUGACGACAGCGUCAGCACAAAGCCGGUUGCUGAACUGUACUAUAGCUCCAGUGGUGUGCUGGCUAUGGGCGUGGAGCAGACUCGCGCCGGUGGCAAUGAGAUUAUCACUACCGUUGGCAACGUCCCAGUCGGCCAGGUGUUCACCUACACCAUCAGCUACUCCAGCAAUGUCCUCAGCGUCAGCAUCAACGGAGGUGCCGCCAAGGUUCUCAGCACCUACUCUCUGAAUGCUCCCGCCAGCUACUUCAAGGUUGGAAACUACAACCAGGGCAGCAGCGCUUCCGAUGUUCACUUCUUUUCCAUCAACGUUUCUCAUUAA